AUGCCUCCUCUCUGGGGCUAUGUGUAUGAUCAAGAGUACGUUGUUGUUUGUACGAAAGUUCCCAUCACCGAAUACACAAUAGAUGACUUACAAGACAGAACUUUAGAAGCUAUUCAAAAAUAUAGCUACAAAACGCAUCUGAUUUGGAGAAGAAAAGAGUCUCAGGAGCUUUUCGAUGAGAUCUUCACCGAUCUCUCCAAUGAGCUUAAACCUUAA